UGCAAUAAACUAAUUUGCUCAUAAGGUUGAAAAUUUAUUUAUUUCGAAAUUAAUAAAACUUCAAGAAAGAGACCCACAAGCAGUCGAAAUGGAAGAGAUGCGCAUUGUAGAAAUCGAAACUGCUGACAGAAAAAUAAAAAGAAAUUGGUCGUAUGUGAAAAAGAAUGAGCUGAAAUUCGAAUCUGCGGAAAAAGCAAAGCCAAGUCCAGUGGUUUGUAUCAAAGGAAAUGACGAGAGUGAGAUUAAUUUGUUGGAAAAGAAGACAAGUUCUAUUUCGAAGUACUCAUCCCCAUUGGCGCAUCGUAUGAAACAAGAACGAAUCGACAAACGCGAGAAACUUCAUUUGAAUUGAACGAUCCAUUGUGGGUAUACUAUUGGCCAGAUGAUAAAACUUUUAUGACUUUUAUGAACUUCUACUGC